GGGACGUGCGCUCGGACGGAGCGGGAGGGCGAAGGAGCCUCGGCCGGACUCUCCUCCGGAGACUUCCAGCUGCCAGGGCGCCCGACGCCCACGAUGCCCCGCCGGGCGCCGCCGCGGGAGCCUUGACCCAUGACCGCCUCCGCCGCGAUGUUCUACCGCUCGCCCUUGGCCAUGUCGCCUCCGUCCAAAGGCAAGUUCAAGCGGCAGAGCCGGAUCUUCUCCCAGGUCUUGCACCGGACUCUGAGCCACAAGGACCGGCUCUCUGUGGCUGCUUGCCCGGCAGAGGGCGGCGAGGACCCCUCUGAGCUCUCCACCCAGGCCACGGCCCCCGGGGUGCUCAAGAUCUUCGGGGGCGCCGUCUGCACGGGGGCCCACUACAAGAGCGUCCUCGCCACGGCCAGCUCCAGCGCCCGGGAGCUGGCCAAGGAGGCCCUCGAACGCUAUGGGCUGAGCCAGGUCAGCGCUGGGCGCUAUGUCCUCUGCGAUGUCGUCGGGACGUUCGGGGGCCCUGAGAGGCAGUGGCAGAUGCAUGGGCUGAGGGUCCUGGAGGACCACGAAAAGCCACUGCGGAUCCAGGAGCUCUGGAAGCCGCGCGACGGAUUCUCCCGGAGGCUGGAGCUCCGGAAGCGGGCGGAGGUGGAGGAGCUGGCCUCCAGGGACAAAGACACCGUCACGGCAGGGAUCAAUGCUCAGGCCCGGAAGCUCCAGCGCAACCGCGCCAAGGGCACCAUGACGCUUUUGACGGGGUGCAAGAGCCACGCCACGCAGACCUCUCUCCGCCGCACCGUCAGCGAGACCAGCCUCAGCCAGGCGGGCAGCGCCAGCGCCGAAGGGGGGCAGCAGGAGGAGCAGCUGAAGAGGCACUACUCCACGCUGCCCGAGACCCUCCAGUGCCUGGAGAGUGGCAAGGAUGCGCAGCUGGCACCCGCUGGGGAGCAGAGUGGCAACAGCCUGCGCUACUCGCUGUAUCAGUCUCCCCACCUACUGCUCCUGCAAGGCUACAGCCAGCAACACGACAGCUUGGUUUAUUUGCUGAAUCGCGACCAGCACACCGUUGGCCAGAGGACUCAAGCCAGCAAGCCCAGCAUCAGCCUCUCCGCUCCGGACAUCCUCCCCCUCCACUGCACCAUCCGGAAGGUCAAGUCGUCUGGCCGCUCGAGCCACCGUCCUGAGGAGAAGCUGGUCCUGGAGCCCAUCACUGGGGCCGCCGUCUCCAUCAACUUCUCCGAGGUGGGCAGGACGGCGGCUCUCCACCACGGCGACCUCAUCUCUCUUGGCCUCUACUACCUGCUGCUCUACAAGGACCCUGUGAAGACGCAGCCACUGCCCGCCCAGACCCUCAUGAGGCUGAAGGCCGCACGCCGAGCCUCCGAGCCCGAGCUGCCGUCCACCUGCAAGGUCUGCGGCAGCCAGGCGAGGGACAAGGGCUCAUCGGCCAAGAAGGCGCCCGCACCGCAGGGACCCUCUGGGCGGAGGGGCGGCCGCCGGAAGCUGCAGCUGGAGUUUGACAAGGCCAGCGAGGACCUGCUGCUGCGGAGAAUCAUCACGCUCAUCGAGCCCACCAGCGACGACCACAAGCUGGCGCCCGCCUUCCUCCUGUGCCUCUGUGUCCAGCACUCGGCUGGCCACUUCAGGCCUGGGGAGUUUGGCCAUCUCCUCCUCAAGUUGGCCAAGAUGAUACAGAGGACCGUGUGGGAGAAAACGAACGAACUAGCCGAGAAACAGUCGCAACACCAGGAUCCUGCGUCUCUCUCCCGCUUCACCAUCAAAGACCUGCUGCCCGACUUGCAGCAUGUCCUCUUCUGGAUGUCGAACUCCAUCGAAAUCCUCUACUUCGUCCAGCAGAAAUCCCCGGUUUACAUCCAGAGCAUGGAGGAGGAGCUGGACAUGAAAGGAUCCAAGGAAUCUCUCAUUUCCCUGACCAUCACUGCCAGCGAAGAAGCCAUGACGGUCCUCGAGGAAGUCAUCAUGUAUACCUUCCAGCAGUGUGUCUAUUACAUCUCCAAGUCUCUGUACGUGUCUUUGCCGCCCCUCUUGGACUGCAACCCGUUCCAGAGCGAAGGGCGAGAGGCCUGGCUCUCUUCCCCGCCUCUCCCCGAGGAGAUACGCAAAGUGGUGUCGACGUACCAGGCCAGCCUGGACCUCCUCCGCCAGUACGAGGUGCACCUCGAAAUCAGCUCCCAGAUGUUUGCCUACCUCUUCUUCUUCUCCAACACCCUGCUCUUCAACCAGCUGAUGGAAAAAGGCUCCUCCUUGGGCUGCUUCCAUUGGUCGAAAGGCGUGAGGGUUCGUGCCACCCUUCGGCUGCUCCUGGAAUGGGCCCAGCGUGUGGGCUUGGGGCAGCUGGCGGACGAGUUCUUUGGCAAGCUCUCCAGCGUGGCCAGCCUCUUGGCCAUGCCAAACUCCCAGCUGGCGCAGAUGACCUGGCCUGUGCUGAGAGCCGAAUUCCCUGCCCUCAAUCCUGCCCAGCUGCACCACAUCCUCACCCAGUACCAGGCCUCGUCCGACAUGGGCUGUGUCCCAGCCUGGCAGCCCAGCAAGGAGGAUAGCCUGGCAGCCUUCAGGACAGAUGACAUUCUGGAGUCCUUCGACAGCCACCCGCCAAUCAUGCUGCCCAGUGGAGGGUUCAAGGUGGACCUGGAGGCUGAGCGACUGGACGACAACAUUUACCAGCACUUCCUCUACAUCCGCCACUUCCUGUGGAGCUUGCGCAGCAAAAGCCCCCACCCCAGUGACUCGCCCGAAGCAGAGACCCCCAAGACAGAUGCCAUCGGCUGCCAAACCACCCCCCAGGCGGACUCGGAGGCAGAGGCGACGGGGCGCUCCUACGCCCGGGCGAACUGGCAGCGCCGCAGACCUGUGAGCUGCGUGGAGCCCAGGGCAGCUGGGGUUCCAUCUCCCGUCCCGCCGGGCGCCAACGGUUCCGCCGGGGAUAACGAGGCUUGUGAGCUGCGGCUCCAGGAGAGCCUCCACCAGCUCCACCUGCAGGCCUCCCAGGGGAAGGGCAGUGUCCCAUCGGCGCCAGCAGACCCCUCCUGCCUGCUGACCCCACCCAACACGCCUCUGACCUUUGACCCAGCGGGCCUCGAACUCACCCCCGAGGCCACUCCCGGAAAGGCCACAGCGGACCCUCGGAGGAAUGGCCUCAGCUGCACCAAGACCACGACCCUUGAAGGCUCUUCGCCAACACCCUACGACUUCCCAACGCCAGCCUCUUCGAGCCGCAGCUCGGCCACAGACGAUUUUUGCUACGUCUUCGUAGUGGAGCUGGAAAAGGGGCCCAUCGGCUUGGGAAUGGGGCUGAUCGAUGGCCUGCACACGCCCUUGAACUCCCCCGGGAUCUACAUCCGGACCCUGAUCCACGACAGCCCUGCAGCAGCUGAUGGCAGGCUCUCUAUUGGGGACCGGAUCCUGGCUGUCAACGGCACGAGCCUUAUUGGCUCCGAUUACCAGAGUGCCGUCGACCUCAUCCGAUCGGGGGGCAAGAAGCUGCGGUUCCUGGUGGCCAAAUCGGACCUGGAGGUUGCCAAGAAAAUCAGCUUCAGCUCCUCCCCUUCCCCUUAAAAUAAAAGAAGGGUUGCCUCCGAAACAGCUCUCCUGGGUUCUCCAACAGUGCACAAGGGAUCGGGGCCGUGGGCACAGCCUGGGGAGACUUCUUGCAAUGGGGCACCCUGGCUGCAGGCUCCCACCCGCCCCUCGGAAGUGCCUGCAGGCGGAAACAUCAGACUACGCCUGGCCUCAGAAGCAAACUCUGCCCUCCCAGCUCUGGAACCGUCAAGAUGGUUUGAAUUGCUGCCGUCUCAGAGCCAAAGGCUGGGCUUCGCUCUUGCAGACACCAGGUGCCAACAGCUGGCGACUUAAAGAGAGGCGGCGCUGCCCCGUUGUGGCUGCCUGCUCUCAUUGCAACUGGAGAAUUUCGAGACCAGCUGUUUGUGCACCCACCCAGAUGGAUGGGAACUUAGCCCUGCAGCAACAUCCCAAGCCCUUGACUGCUACCUCCC